AUGGUUGGGGGAGGGAAUUUGGUGAGGGAUGUGCGGUAUAGGAAGACGCCGAGGACGCCCAGAUCUGCACAUGCCCGGUAUUAUUAUACGAGAUCUGUGGUAGAUUCGCCCUUGCGAAAAAAGCGGGAAAUUUCGAGAGCGAGAUGUCAGUCCGCCCCAAAACUCAUGGAUAGUCACAGUCGAUCCGCGUCUCCGCGGGACCCCCCUCGGCCCCAGCAUAGGCCCCCAUCGCCACCUUCCCCAGCUGGCUUCGACAAUAGAGCCUAUCAACACGACGAAGACCCCAACCAUAACGACUCGUUCGCGUCGAACCAACCACAGAACGGCCACAAGCCAAACGGCGACACGAAAACCCUAGAAGCCGUCAACUUGGAGCUGAUAAACUUGACACCAAAGAAUGGAGCGAAAAAGAAAGACGUGGAGGUCGAUAUGAACGCGACGAAUCCGUACGAUGAAUAUUUCGUGCCAGUGAACGAACAUAGGAAAUAUAUGAGAGGAGAAAAGCUGUACGUGACAGCUGAUAAGCGUGGUGAGAAACCAGGUUGCAAACGGCCCCUCUGCUGGACCCUGCUUGGACUAGUUGUAGCAGUCAUUGUUGCUCUUAUAGUGUUAGCAGCCACUGGAAUUCUAUUUUCCAACUCUCCAACACCCCUGGAACAAUACAACGCGUCUCUAAGCUCAGCUCGAGCUUUUGGCGGAAUAGGCAGCUCUGAUCACGAUCAUUCAUCACAUGACCAUGAUUCUCACGACCAUUCUCAUCAUCAUCAUCACGAAGAUACUACGAUAGCGAAUGUACCUAGCAUAGAGGAAGCUCGUGAAAAUACUUCUGAUGAUUCGGACAUUAAUAUGUAUGUGCCACGAACAGUUGAAGGUGAACUAAGAAUAGACAACGAAAAGUUUGUUCCCGAGUUACAAGAUCCGGAGAGCGAUGAGUAUCGUGAAUUUACAUCCAUAUUCAACGAUGCACUUAAACAAGCAAUUUUCGACAAAAAUGACUUGGAUAUGAGCGAUAAUGAUGUUACACUUGAAGUUGUCCAAAUAAGAAACGGAUCAAUCGUCGUAACAUAUAGGAUUCAUUGGAUACCGAAAUAUAAUGCAGAACCAACGGAAGAUUUGUUAACAGCAAAUAGCCUGAGGUCUAACUUGAAUGACUACCUCGGCAGAAAUAAUAGAAUGAUCAGCGUAUACCAUGUAGCGGAAGAAUCUGUUAACGCAAGACCCGUUUUGGAUAUGUGUAAAGUAAAUAAUAAUGAUUGCGAAUAUGGAUGCGAAUUUGAUGACACCACUUUAGAAUUUACGUGCACUUGCCCCUCUGGACAAAUGACUAAUAUAAACUUACCUAAAACCUGCGUAAGUGUCUUAAACAAUGCAGUGUCGGAACCGAAGAGUACUAUGAAAUCUAUACCCGAAGAUAAACUAUACUCGGAAUCGGAACAGGAAUCAAAUCCUGUACCGACGACGGAAUCCGAACUAAACUUUUCUCAUAUAUUUGGAGAGCAAAGUAAUCCCAAUCCAGAACCAACAGCCGAAGAUGAAGCGAAACAUGAGCCUGUAGCUACAUCUGAACCAAAUCCUGCACCUGAACCUACGGCAGAACCAAAUAUGAGUGUUGAACCAGCUGCGGAGCCGGAACCAUCGGCGGAGCCUAAGCCAACUGCCGAACCUGAGCCGGAACCUGCUAAUAAGUCUAAUCAAGAACUUGAGUCUACUGCUGAACCAAAACAAGAACCUGAACCUACAGCUGAGCCAAAACAAGAACCUGAACCAAGUUCUGAGCCAAAACCAGAACCGGAACCUACUGCUGAACCUAAGCCUGAACCAACGGCUGAGCCUGAACCAGAACCUUCUUCUGAGCCUGAACCAGAACCUUCUUCUGAGCCUGAACCAGAACCUUCUUCUGAGCCUAAGUCAGAGCCUGUACCUCCUUCAGAAACAAAACAGGAUCCCAUUCCUCAAUCCAGGGAUGAAUCGGAGUCUAAUUCAGAAUUGGAAACAUCAUCUGAACCAAAACCAGAACCUGAACCAACAUCACAACCGGAACCAAGCCCUGCUAUUAAAAUAAAUCCUGAGCAAAACUCUCAAACGACUCAAGGAAACCCCCAAACGCAAUCAAUAAUAGAAUCAAACCAAGAACAUAGCACGUCUACAAAACAAUACAAUUUACAGGACAUCUAUCCAUUUUUGGAAUCACAAGAAACUAAUGAGGAAUCCUCUAUUACCACUGAAUCAAACACGAUGUCGGGACAUAUGCAUGAGUCUGAGUUAAGGGUCAAUAAUAGGGGUUCAGACAUUGAAAGUGAAUAUAGUCAUACGAAUGAUUUUAAACCUUUCCCUGAAUCAACACAAACGCUAAACGUGGCUACAGAAUCUAUGUACCAAAAUGAUGGCGAUACGCACAUCGAAACUGGAAAAGAAGUAUAUCAAAGUGCUGACAAUGAAAAACCAAUAAAGGAUUAUCUAUAUCCCAUCACAGAAAGUGAUGCCGUUACGACAACAGAGACAGUAUCAAUUCUGUACCAAGACAAUAAACAAGAUGAAGAAAUUGAUGACAAAUCACUUCUGGUCAAGUCAAGGGAUUCCUCAUCAGAAGAAACGUCAGAACAAAAAGACCAUAAUGAUUCAACAUCUCAAGAAACUACCACUGCCAGAGUUUCAAUUUCAGAUUUUAAUAUAAAAAAUGACCCUUCAUAUGAACCAAAACCAGAGAUAAUUAGCAUCUUAAAAGAUAAUGAUAGCACCCCCAAUGUUGAAACCACAACUAGUGGAGAUUGGCUUCAAAACGAUGACAUUAACUUAGCUUUUCCAUAUACCAACAAACCUAUUUUCAAUUUGAACUCUCAGAUGCAUGACAGCAAAAACGAAAAUGACGAUAUAACUUUUGAUACCCUGCAUGACAAAAAUGAAAAUACAUCGGAUAUGAAAACAACAACACUGUCUACACCUUUGGAAUUGACAACAACGCCUACAAAAAUAAAUGAAGAGAGUGACAUAAAAGCCAUCACAAUAACAACCGAACAAAAUAAUUACAACGUGGCAAAUGAUGCAAAAACCGAAGUUCUAUCUUUAGGCGAGGAUAUAAAAAACCACAUGGAAACUUCUACUACAUCUAAUACCGAAACUAAUGUGUAUUCUAUAAGUAACGAUUACAAAAUUACAAACGAAAAUUCAGAUUUAAUAGACGCAGUAGCACGCAUUACAACUACAUCUACUGAGAAACCUAAAGAUGAAAAGGUAGUUAACGAAAAUGAAGAAGUUACCUUUGAUGCGUUAAACUCACUUUAUAAUCGAUCAUCCAAAUCAAUUGAAAAUUUACAUAAUGAUGACGUAAAAACGACUACAUUUAAAACAAUACCUAACGAAUCGACGGAUUCCACUACGGAUUCAGAUUGGUUAUCGGAAUCAGUUACAGAAGUUAAUUAUGAAGACAUAAUAAAGUCUCAAAAUUCGGAAUCGACCGAAUUACCUGCAAUAAAGGUUGAUGAAGCAAUAAGAAAAGGAUUAAAUAAAGAUGACUUUGAACCAGAUUACCUAAAUAACAUGGGUAAUAACAAUAGUAAAAUGUCCGAACAAGAUGAGCCUCUAUAUGGCAUUAUUCACGACUAUGAUAAUGAGGAUCCUAGAGUUAAGAGAGUAAAUAACGAACACAAGAGUGAAAAUACUCUAACACAAGUUACUACUGACAGCACCAAUUUAGAGAGUACAAUUAAAUCCGAUUUUGCACCUAUUGAAACUACAACCGUUACUGAUUAUAUUUAUAAAACGGCUAAUGUUGUCAAUAGAGUUUCGCCGAAAUCGGUAAAUGAUGAAGAAUCAUCAAUGUUCUUAACUAAUAAUCCAGCGCCCGUCUGGGAAGAGCAGGGCAAGGGUGAUUCAAACAAAGGAGUCGUAAUAAAAGAAAUAGCAAAUGAAACUGCGAUCCAUUAUACAAAUAAACCAAAUACUGAUACUUUACCUUCUACUUCACUAUCGAUUGUCAAUGAAAAUUCUUCACAAGUUAAUAAUCUUGGUGUGACCAUAUAUGAAGUGCCUAGUCAAAAUUUAAACCUCACUACAAGCUCACCCAAGACUCUCAACUCGCCAGCCCAAGAAUAUGACGACCAUGAAACAGAAAUGAAUCCCUUCCUACCCGAAGUCGAAAAUAAUAAGAUUCUUGUAAAGAAGCUGCAAGAAGGUCACGAUCUGGAGCCUACGAGCUUAAACGAAACUCAAAAUGAAGGAGACGAGCAUAACUCAACCAGUAUUGAUGAUAAAACGACUAAUACACAAACUUUAAACGAAGAAAGCGUUGAAAACGCACCUCAAACUGUUAUUCAAAUUCAACCAACAGAAAAGGACGCCUCAGAUAGUGAACAAAAUGAAACAAAGCUCAAUAAUGAAGAAUCAACGAAAUCGGAUUCAACUCUUUCUUUACAGAAUUAUGAUUUAACAACGAAAAGGGGUGAUUUUGAAGUAUUACCAAUUUCAAAAUUUUUACUAGACACUGAUGAUUUAGACUACACCAAUGGCGAUAACAAAAUAUUGAUGCAGUCAACACUUCCCGAAAAUGUAUUAUUUAACGACUCGCCAACUGAAUACCUUAACGUAGUUCCUAUACUCGAAAAGGAAACAAUUAAGAAAAAUUAUAAAAGUGAGAAUCUGGAGCUGAAUUCAAUAAGUGAUUCACCAAAAAAAAGUGAUAGAAGGACACUCGAUGUGACAAACGCGGACUCCGUAAAUAACGAAGCGUAG